AUGGAGCGGCCACGAUGCUUAGAAUGGUCGCUGUUGCGGUUCGCGGUCUCGUCAGUGGUUCUCGCAUUUGUCGCAACCGUCGCGAGAGCCGCCAACGUGACUAUAACGCAUCUCCGUCUCGACACGACACACGACUCGCCCUACUCGCCUUGGGAACCCUCCGUCUACUUCCAGUGCGAGGGGGAGAUGAAGCACGUGCUGCAGGGCGUGGUGCAGGCUAAUCUCACCUACAAUUUCACUGGCCAGGAGGAAUUUCAGCCUCUGGUCGAGCUGGCUUCUGCCCAGUGCAAGACCUGCGGGCUAUACGAGGCUGACACGUUCAAAGCAGAUGACACAUUUGACAAGUUCCAGCUGUGCGCGGAUGACUUCAGAGGCGCCAAGGGGGGGCAUUUGACGCGAUGGGUGGAUGGGGAGUUUAAAGUUGCAAUGAGCUGCCCGGAGUGCCUCAACAGCCACGACCACUCGCCUGUGGAAGCUCUCUUACAAGGCGACUCCUGGUACCCGCUGCUCCCAUUCCUCAUCUUCCUCGCAUCAGCUGCAGCCAUCAGCUGCGCUGCUGCCCUCCUCUCCUGCUGCAUAGAGCGCCGCAUCUGGCCCUUCAACCACAAAAACCCCUCCCAACCGCUCAGCACCUUGGAGAAACAGCAACUGGCCGAAGCCACUGCUUUCAUUGGGAGCAUUACUUCACGGAUACUCAUGCACGACUCGAACAUGCUCAUCCGCGCAACGAUCACAAGCCCUCGCCACAUUCUCAUUCCACCUUUCUCGUCGCCCUCGCUGCCGCGCUCGGCCGGUCGUUAUCUCCACUCCCUACACGUCGCGCUCGCUAUCUACCUUUCCCUUCCCGUUGAGCUCUUGAUAUUUCCCCUCCCCGUCCGGUCGAGCUUUCGUUUUCCCCUUCCCUUUCCGUCGAAAAUUCGUUUUCCCUUCCCCUUCCCGUCGAGCUCGCGUUUUCCCCUCCCCUUCCCGACGCGCUUUCGCUAUUUCCCCUCCCCUUCCCUUCACGCUAUCUCCCCUCCCGUUACCGUCGCGUUCACUGUUUCCCCUCCCCUUCCAGGAGCGCUUGCUAUUUCCCCUCCCCGUCUAGUCAAACUCGCAUUUUCCCCUCCCCUUCCAGUCGCUCGCUAUUUCCCCUCCCCUUCCCGUCGAGCUCGCGUAUUUACCUCCCCUUCCCGUCGCGCUCUCGCUAUUUCCCCACCCCUUACCGUCACGCUCGCUAUCUCCCCUCCCGUUACCGUCGCGCUCGCUAUUUCCCCUCCCCUUCUAGGCGCACUCGCUAUUUCCCCUCCCUUUCCCGUCGAGCUCGCGUUUUCCCCUCCCCUUCCCGCCGUGCUCUUGCUAUUUUGCCUCCCCUUCCCGCCGCGCUCUCGCUAUUUCCCCUCCCCUUCCCGUCGAGCUUGCGUUUUCCCCUCCCCUUCCAGUCGAGCUCUCGCUAUUUUGCCUCCCCUUCCCGCCGCGCUCUCGCUAUUUCCCCUCCCCUUCCCGUCGAGCUUGCGUUUUCCCCUCCCCUUCCAGUCGAGCUCUCGCUAUUUUGCCUCCCCUUCCAGUCGCGCUCGCUGUCUCCCCUCCCGUUCCCGUCGCGCUCGCUAUUUCCCCUCCCCUUCCAGGCGCGCUCGCUAUUUCCCCUCCCCUUCCCGUCGAGCUUGCGUUUUCCCCUCCCCUUCCAGUCGAGCUCUCGCUAUUUUGCCUCCCCUUCCCGCCGCGCUCUCGCUAUUUCCCCUCCCCUUCCCGUCGAGCUUGCGUUUUCCCCUCCCCUUCCAGUCGAGCUCUCGCUAUUUUGCCUCCCCUUCCAGUCGCGCUCGCUGUCUCCCCUCCCGUUCCCGUCGCGCUCGCUAUUUCCCCUCCCCUUCCCGUCGAGCUUGCGUUUUCCCCUCCCCUUCCAGUCGAGCUCUCUAUUUCCCCUUCCCUUCCCAUCGCGCUCGCUAUUUCCCCUCCCCUUCCCGUCGCCUUUUCAUGGUCUCAAUUAUCGGCGGUUCUUACCAACGAACUGCAUUCCUCACAUGA